UCAUAAUACCCACUAAGUUAAUCAAGAGGAGAGUGAAAAGUAAAAUUGUGUGUAUAUAUAUAUGCAUAUAUCUGUAAAGCGUAGUAGGUGAAGAAACAGAAAUCAAUUUUGUCAACUAUUUUUUCAAGCGAAGCAAAUAAAAGAAACGAUUCUUUCCGAAAAUUGUACAUCAAAGUAGAAAAAAUUUAAGAUAAAUUUUCUGCUCAAUUAUAUUAACGAGUUACCGAAAUGAAAUUUCAAUAUAAAGAAGAACAUCCUUUUGAGAAGCGACGUGCUGAGGGUGAUAAAAUACGACGGAAGUAUCCAGAUCGCGUACCAGUAAUUGUAGAAAAGGCUCCCAAGGCACGUAUUGGUGAUUUGGAUAAGAAGAAAUAUUUGGUGCCAUCUGAUUUAACGGUUGGUCAAUUUUAUUUCUUGAUACGUAAACGUAUACAUUUGCGUCCAGAAGAUGCACUCUUCUUUUUUGUUAACAAUGUAAUUCCACCAACGUCGGCCACCAUGGGCUCUUUAUAUCAAGAGCAUCACGAAGAAGAUUAUUUCUUGUACAUAGCUUAUUCCGAUGAAAACGUUUAUGGCAAUGGCAAUGGGAACGGCGCCAAUACCAUCCAGCUUAAUCGAAACAAAGCUCAACGCUAGAUACCCUUUCUCUCGCUAACAAUGUUAAAGGGGAAAAGGAAAGGGGGUUUGCGCUAGUGAGUUGUGUGAUAAACAAGACAAAAAAAAAAAAAGAAAAAAAUUAAAUAAAUUUAUGAUUAAAAUAUGGAAACUAAAGCUGGCUAUUGGUCCCCUCGGCCUUUACUCUUCUUUCGUAUAAUAAAUUCUACAAAUUACGUGCGUGCGUGUGUUUGUUAUAUAUAGAAAAAAACUUAAGAA